AUGGCUAAACCAGAAGAAAGUGAAGAAAAUUGGGUUGCAACUAUGGACAAUCUGUGCUCACAAUUAAAUGUUGAUCCAGGUGCAGCGAAAAAAUCAAAGGAAUCAUAUUCGGAGAUUAAACAAAAUUAUACAUUAGACGGUGAUGAGCUGCACUGGAUGGCGUGCGCCCUAUACGUCGCGUGUCGUACCUCUAUCACGCCAACAGUGCAAUCAGGCAAGGCUGUUGAGGGCAACUGUGUCAGCCUCACCAGACUUCUCAGACUAUGUAACAUAAGCCUUAUACAAUUUUUCAACAAAAUCAAAAACUGGAUGGAAAUGGCAUCAAUGUCAACAGAUUUUAAAGAUAGGAUAACUAGAUUAGAACGUAAAUUUGCAGUGUCCACUGUACUUUUUAGGAAAUUUCAACCGAUAUUUCAAGAAAUUUUCUCUGGUUUAACAAAUGAACCGGUUAAAAGCAACACCAAAAGCAAGAAACAAAAGUUACAGCCUUGUACAACAAAUGCUUUAUUUGAGUUCAGUUGGUGUUUAUAUGUGUGUGUGAAGGGAGAGUUCCACAACUCGGCCGAUGAUCUUGUUGAUAUGUAUCAUGUUUUAUUGUCAUGUCUUGACUUUGUAUUUGCUAAUGCCUUCAUGGCUAGACGCUAUGACCUUAUAAAUCCUGCUUUCAAAGGUUUGCCAUCAGAUUGGCUUAAAGAUGAUUUUGAGUUACCAAAAAAGCCGCCAUGUAUUAUAUCAGUGUUGUGUGAGAUCAAGGAAGGAUUAGCAGUUGAAGCUGCUACUAUGAAAGAAUACAGUUGGAGACCUGUGAUAAAAACGUUUUUUGAAAAAGGGAUUCUUAAAGGUAACAACGAUCAACUGACUGGUUUACUUGACAUCGGUAAUUUUGAUUCAAAUCUAAAAUCACUGAACAAUUUAUAUGAAACCUAUGUAUUAAGUGUUGGUGAAUUUGAUGAGAGAAUAUUUUUAGGCGAGCAUGCCAAUGAACAGAUUGGUACAAAGAAUAAGGUAUCGGGGGAUGAAAUAUCACAAGUCAUAGCAUCGUUUGGACCUAGUUCCCGAGCAUGUCCUGACACACCCCUAACGGGCAGACGUUACUUGGCUCGUCGUGAAGAGUUGACACCUGUAUCAGAAGCCACCAACAGUCUGGCUCGACUGGCUGCCCUGCUGAGACAAGCACGGCCUAAACCCUCACCCAGCUUACUAAGAUUUUUUGCUGACUGUGGUGUGGAUAAAGUGACUAUAGUGAAGAAUGUUGUGCAACCCUGUAAUGGCUGGAUGGAGAAGUUCUCAGAAAGUCUGUCGGAGUGUAAUUGUAGUAAGGAGACUAUAGCGUUCAGAUGCAACAUGGUAACAUGCCUGUACUAUAAAGUGUUUGAACACAUCAUAACGGAGGAACACAGGAAAAAACCACAGUUGUCAUUACAGAUUCUUCUAUCCCAGGAGACGUUUCAAUUGACAGUAUAUGCUUGUUGUACGGAGGUAGUAUUACACGCCUACGGAGUACAUUCCCUUCGUUUUCCGAGAGUGCUUCAGAUUUAUGGUCUCAGUGCGUUCCACUUCUACAAGAUCAUUGAACUGGUAGUACAGGCUGUGGUGCAGAAACUAAGUCGGGAUGUCAUCAAACAUCUUAAUGCGGUUGAAGAGCAAGUUUUAGAAUCUUUAGUAUGGACAUCUGACAGUCCACUUUGGGAUCAGUUAAGUAAGAAUCCUAUACCGGCCGCUAUUGAAGUAUAUGCACAAGAUUCACCCAACAGAAGGAAUGCCAGUGGUUUACAAUCUCCGAUAUCAGCGGCCAUAGAUAGAUAUUUAACACCAAUGGCAGAUCAAGCAAAGAAACAGCUUUUUAAGGAUAACAUCAAACCUGGACAAUCAUUGCUAGUUCAAACGAAUAACAAUGUUAAGCAAGAGGCUCAACAAGUGCCAGUUGUGCCACCAGUGGAGACCACACCCAACACAACACCCAAGAAAGCAAAUAACUCAUUAAUAUUAUUCUUCAGGAAGUUCUACAGCCUGGCGGUGAUCAGGAUGAAUGAUUUGUGCACGAGGCUGAAGUUGACGGACGACGAGCUCAAGAGGAAGAUAUGGACGUGUGUGGAACACUCGCUGAUGAACCAGACGCAGCUCAUGAGGGACAGGCAUCUGGAUCAGAUACUCAUGUGUGCUGUAUAUGUUAUAUGCAAGGUGUCCAACACACCCAGCAAUCAAGUUGAGAGAACAUUCGCGGACAUCAUGCGCUGCUACAGACAGAGACCUCUGGCGGACAAUCAUGUUUAUAGAUCAGUUCUUAUUAACAAAGGGAACGAUGAAGAAUCACCGGAGAGAGGAGAUCUUAUAAAUUUUUACAAUAAAGUAUAUGUUAAGUGUAUGCAAAACUUUGCGCUACGGUUCACUGGGAAACAUAAAGAUGGCUGCAGCCUGUCCCCGCUGCCGGCGGGUCGCGCAGGUCGCUGUGCCCGCGCGGGCUGGUCUCCGGGCGGGCAGCGCGUGUCGGAGCGUCACCAGCUGUACGUGAAGCCUCUCACCACUCCGCCGCAUCACCACCACCACCUUACAUAUAGAUUCAGCCGGAGCCCAGCUAAGGACCUGCAAGCCAUCAACACGAUGGUGUCGUGCGAGGUGGGCGGUGUGAAGCGCGCUGUGGACAGCGAGGCGGCCGACGUGGUGAAGAGGGCGCGCUGUGCGGCGCCGGGCGUCGCGCGCAAGCUACAGGGACUAGUGAGCGACCGGCAGGCUUGUUAA